CAUAAGAACAGUUGUGUUGAACGGAGCGAUUUGAAUUUGUUCUCGAAGAAAAUAAUUACAAAAAAAAACCUGACGCAAAUAAUAAAUAAACAAAAAAUAUUUUCUUACUGAAUAUUGUGGAAUAUUUAUAUAUUCGUAAUACAAUUGUAUAUAUACAAUAUACAACAAAAUCAGCGGAUACCAAAAUAAUUGCCGAAAAAGCAUACGUUUUGCCAUGGACGUCGACGCCGAUGAGAUACGCGCUUUGGCUUAUCUGAUGGCGUUUAAGACGGCUUGCGUGAAUGUACCGUUUGGUGGUUCCAAGGGUGGCAUACGUAUCGACCCGAAGAAGUAUACUGCACAAGAAUUGCAAACAAUUACGCGUCGCUAUACAAUGGAGCUAUUACGUCGCAAUAUGAUAGGUCCGGGUAUAGAUGUACCGGCACCAGAUGUGAAUACCAGCCAACGCGAGAUGAGUUGGUUGGUGGAUCAAUAUAUUAAAACUUUUGGCUAUAACGAUGUAGAUGCAUUGGCCAUCACGACUGGUAAGCCAGUAGAAAUAGGCGGUAUAAAUGGUCGCACCGCCGCCACGGGACGUGGUCUAUUUAAGGCGGCUGAAUGUUUUAUUAUGGAUAAAGAUUGGAUGGAUUUAUUAGGCUGGAAGACUGGUUGGAAAGAUAAAACCGUGAUCGUACAAGGGUUUGGCAAUGUCGGUUCCCAUGCAUCCGUUUUUGUAGUGGAAGCCGGUGCCAAACUGAUCGGUGUUCAAGAAUUUGACGUGUCUCUAGUAAAUGAGAAUGGCAUUGAUCCAAAGGACUUAAUGGAGUAUUAUGCAAAAAAUAAUAAAUCAAUCAAGGGCUAUACCAAAGCCACCGAAAAAGAGGGCAGUUUGUUGGGUGAAAAAUGCGAUAUACUAAUGCCUUGCUCUACGCAAAAGGUUCUCACUGUCGAAAAUGCUAACAGUGUACAAGCCAAGAUGAUUUUAGAAGGCGCUAAUGGUCCUUCGACGCCAGCUGCCGAUGAAAUAUUACGUAAAAAGAAUGUACUCAUUAUACCGGAUUUGUUUUGCAAUGCUGGCGGUGUAACGGUAUCCUACUUUGAGUACUUAAAGAAUAUCAAUCAUGUAUCUUAUGGCAAAAUGAAUGUUAAACGCGAGAAAGCCAUAAUCAACGAGAUCUUUAACUCCAUGAAUGAGUGCGAGGAUAAGUUCAAGCCAAACAAAAAGUUUAAGCUCAUAAGAGACUGUACGAAGGAGGCGGAUAUUGUAGACGCAGGACUACAAACAGUUAUGGAAACUGCGGGGGCAGGCAUUAAGAUUGUGGCCAAUGAAUUCGGUCUCUGCAAUGAUUUACGCACCGCUGCCUUUAUUUACUCGAUUUCUAAGAUUUUCCGAGCCUUAGAAAUGGAGGGCAUUUCUCAACAAUAAUUACAGAAUGCGUCUGAAGUCGCUUGGCGAUUAUUUAUUUUUACAAAUUUUACAUUUAUAUAUUUAUAAGAUCCAAAGUGUUAUAUCCUUUUGUAUAUUUUUCUUAAAUUUUUAAAUAAAUAUUUCUUUACAAAAACACAAACAGAAUGGCUUCUUGACAGCAACAGUUUAACAAUUAAAAAAAAAAACCCCUACCCACUUACUACGCCAAUUUUGGUGGCAUUCACCACUGCAAUGAUUUACGCACCGCCGCCUUUAUUUACUCGAUUUCGAAGAUUUUCCGAGCAUUAGAAUUGGAGGGCAUUUCUCAGCAAUAAUUGCAGAAUGCGUCUGAAGUCGCUAGGCGAUUGUUUAUUUUUACACAUUUUACAUUUAUAUAUUUAUAAGAUCCAAAGUGUAAUAUCCUUUUGUAUAUUUUUCUUCAAUUUUUAAAUAAAUAUUUCUUUACACAAACACAAACAAAAUGGCUUC